CCGGUGUCUUGGCGGCGAGACCCAGUGCAGGCCGGCCCUCGAAGCAAGACACACGCUUGAACGAACCAACUCGUACUAAACCACGUGCGUGAUCCUGUGUUUCGAAUUCAUUUAUGUAGAGCUGAGAGAAACAAACCAUUUUUGAAAUUGAUUUUUCGAUCGAGUCGAAUUGAAUCGAUAAUUCAGGUUUAAGUCGCAAGUGUGUUGGGAGUGUUUCAAUAUUGCUGCUACAUUUUAGUGCAUUUUUGGAUUGUGAAUAUUUGAUACGCAUUCCACAACCGCAUCGUUCAGCAAGGACAGAGCUAGUCAAAAACUACUGCAUGUUAUGUUGACCGGCCGAGCAUAUACAUGAGGCAGCCCAAGUCAAGCUAUUGCAAGAAUGCAGCGCGUGCUAGCCCUGACGGCGGUCUUGGCCUUCAGUGAGACUGUGUCCGCCCUCCAAUGUUACCAAUGCCUAAUCAACCCGCCGCCGGGCCACAACUACACCUCCACGUCGCGGCUCUGCGUCAACUUCGACCACUCCGACAAGUUCGUCGUGGACUGCCCCUACUCCACCAUGUGUAUGAAGCAAGACUUCCAUCUGGACAUUCAGAAUGGAGUUAGAAUAAACGGCGUGCUGCGAGACUGCGCACCGCAGACCAACAAGUAUCAAGACUACGAGAACGGGCGCUGGUCUCCCAAGAUUGAGAUCAUGGAGCCCUACAAGGAGGGCUGCUUAGAAGUGGACGAUAAGGGCGAGAGGACGCCUUCCACAAGAUACUGUUACUGUCGUGGUGACUUCUGCAACACGUCAAACACGAACCACGAGGGCUACACAGACAUCAUGGGUGUCAUACUCGUAUUCAACCUCAUGAAAUACAUUAACAGUAUUAGGUAGUGAGGCAGAAACAACCUUUUAAAUGUUUCAUGUCUGUGAUCUUAUGAACUGUAAAUAGAUUGUAGCUAGAUGACAGUUAUGAAUUGAUGACAAUGGUGUAAUAUGCUGUGGUGCAAAUACUUUCUGUAUAUUUAAACUAGGACCAAACUUGAUCGUAUUGAUAAACACAAUUACGAAAUAUGAUAUUGAUAGCUAAUUCUAAUUAGAGAAAAGGAGUAAAAAAAGUUAAAUUAUGCAAGAAAUAAUGUUUUAGGUAGGUAUUUAAUAUUUGAUGGACGGAUUUGUGUAUUUUAGGUGUAGGUUUAAUUAUAAUUAGUUUCAAGGAGGAUUCACAUCAUGUACGAGGUGCCCAAUUUAUUUUCCAGUGUUUUUGUGUGAUUUUUUGAUGGGCUACUACUAUAAUAUACAAGCCAGUAGUAGCCCAUCCUUAAGCAAAAUAAUGUCAUUUUUUCUGUGACUUCAACAACACAAACAAUUAUUGAUCAUAACUUUUGGUUUCGCAGAAGCAUACUUACUUAAUUAAAAAAAGCGCCAUAAUAUCAAUAAGCGAUUAUUUGGUUAUUGAUAGUAAUUAGGUUAUUUUCAUUAGAACUGAUGUUUUUCGAUAUUGUGCUUGUUUGCUUAUCAAGUGCCAGAGGCACUUUGAUCUAAUAGUGUGCCAAAUAUUAUCUAUUAUUAAAAUGUGUGAUACUGUAUAAUAAUAAUAAUUUAUGCUUUUCAGUUUUAUGUAAAUAUGUAAAAUAAUAUUUUUAUUUAGGAAUGCAAUAAUUAUAAUGCAACGUUUAUUUUCUAUUUCUGGUAAAUUAUCGUUUUCUAAUUUAAAAAUGCGAAUAAAUUUCAAGAUGUAUGAAUCAUGGUAAAUGGUUGACCGUCCACACAACCAGUACCAAACCAAACCAAUAAAGAAAUGUCAAAAAAAGA